AUGAGACCCCAGGCCACGAUUUCCACGCAUCAACUAGACCAGCCGCAAAUUUGCUUCAAUCGUCAAGACGACAAAGGUUUCUGGAACUCCUGUAAAGCAUGGCACUGGUACCCACUUCACCUGUGUCUGUGUAUAGCCUUUGUUGGGAUCAUGUUCACCCUAGUCGAUGGGCGUGCUUUCAGAAUCGCAACACCAGCCUACUUCUUCCAGCGCGAGUCUGGGCUAUACCAAGCGGAAGCGACUGGCUUUGUUUCCGCUGCAUUAGUCCUUCUGCGGCUCGUAGCUGAGAUUGGCUCGUCACUCAUCAUCUGGCGCCUUGUCUUCCUCCUUCUUGGCAAAACCGGAAUCACACUUGUGGAGCUUUGCCGCGUGGUAGACAUGAGGCUUCCGAUAUUGUCUGGCUUUGGAUCCACCCAGCAUCUAUACUGGUCGCUGUUUGCAGUCAUCAUUGUCGUACUCGUGUGGCCAUCCUCUAUUGCAGCACCUCUCGCCAACUCGUCCUUGCAGUGGAUUCCUUCAUCCCAGCUCGUCCAUCCUCGAACACGAAACUAUGACCUUCCGGAUAUCAGGACCCAAGACGCGUGGAACAGCUUUCUUUACCCCGAAGAUAUUGUCGCGAUCGCAUUAAGAGCGGCUACUAUGGGUGCCAGGGAUUCGGACCACGCUUUUAGCGCCACACAAGCUACUCAACGACGCUAUAUGUACUUGGAUCCUCAUCUGCCCUCGGAGAGUCUUGUUUUAACGCAAAUGCCAUAUUUUGAAGUUUCGAAUAUCGAGUGGAUGAACGUACAAUUCGACUCGGAAACCCUUGGAGAUUGGAAGCCAAGUUCCCUCGCUAAUGCUAGCAUGCAGGAACUUCCCGCUAACAGUAAAAAGAUGGGAAACUUAGGUUUCUGGAUGACAGAAAAGUGGAACUUUACGAGCGCCAAAGAACUCUACAAGAAGCCAACUACCUUUUACGAGAACAAGAGAAAUGUCUCAAUUCUUGUCGGUCGUAUAGGCCUAAAUAAAGAGGACGACGCAGACUUGGGAACCAAUACUACCCAGUGCUCAUCUAAACCGGGUAGAUUUGGACAGUUGCCCAUAGGCGUGAGCCAGUUCACUUCUUCAUGGUUCCUCGACGGUGAAUGGACCGCGACGGAUUGCUUUCUAGUCGCAGAGGUUACGAUGAGGAUUGGAAUGAUCAAGGAACAAAACUACAACAUCACACUGGUUGGUGCUUCCGAAAACCUCCACGUAGCAUCACCACUAAACGGAGCGAAUCAGUCGCAGCCAGACCUGAUACCUGAUUUAGCUAUACUCCCCACCUUGGAUAUGAUGACAGACGUUUUACAACAUCUGGUCUCGCUGGGCGUUGGGUCGCAGCACCGAGAAGACAAUGUGCAAGGUUAUCUUGCAGGAAUGUUGACAGUCGCGUACCACGCGACGCGUAGCGCUCUGGUAGAACAAGCCACAGACUCCACUACGACAAUUACCGCGAUACCAUCAGAACCAAUAGUGCGUGCCUCUGCUCUUGUGGGUAGUGCAAUCCACCACGACCAAAACUUCGAAAACCGUUCGAGACCCAACGCUUGUGGCCCUUACCACGAACAUGGAUGCAGUGUGUCAUAA